GUUCUACGGAGGGAGCGUGUGCUCGACGAGAAUGAUAACAGCUCUGAAACUGUCGGUAUAAGAGAAAUGAAUGCAUUGAUAGCUAGAGAUAACUCCGUUCGGAUUUCUCUCUGAAGAACUGGAGAUGGGUUGACAAUUGUUGUGAAGAAUUGAUUCAUGUUAUGACUGUUUUCAGAAUGGGUACAUCCAUACAGACAUAAAUACAUUUGAUUGAUAAACCGAAUUGCUUUGAUUGCUAUCUCACAUAAAUAUUUCCCAUUACUAUGUUGUCAUUUUCAAUCAUCACUGCAUAUGUAUGUUGUUGUAAUCAAACAUUUCCCUGAAGGGUUUCUGUAUAUUACAUACCGUUUCAAUCAUUUUGUAAUUGGCACCAAACAUGUCUGAAUCUCUCAAAUGUGAGGAAAUUCGUAGUAUUCUGGGAUUCUUUUUAUAGUCUGAGGAAAUAUGAGGGGAUGUAAUGACUAACUAGAGGUCAGUGGAAACUUGAGUCAUUUUAAUGCACUUUUCCCACAGUGAAUCUCCAAAAUAUCUAAUAUGACUUUCCUGAAUUUGACGAAAUUCUCCUCAAAUUUGGAUAAUUGAAAUGAUACGAUGAAAACAAAUUAAGCUUGCUGUUUUCAAAAUGGUCGACAUUCAGCCUAAUCCUUAAACUUUGUAUACAGUUCGUCCUGAUAACCGUCAUUAGAAAAUCCCCGCAAUGGUGUAUUAAUCAGAAGGUGAAUACGAAGCAAGGAUGAAAGAGUAAUGCCGAAAAUCUAGAGAGCAAGCGAGUGAGCGAAUUAAUGAACAGGAUCAAAAUGUACAUAUUUAUACAUAGUUAAAUGAUUGAAUCAUUUAAGCGACUAAUAGUAAGGCUAGCAGUAUGAACAUAUGCGUAGUCAGUAAACAAUGCUUAAGUAUACAUAUUCAUAUAAGUGCAACAAUAAUAAAGGUACAAUCAUCUAAGAUAAGUUGUUAUUGUACGAAUGACUCUAUCCGUUAAAUAAGCUAACAAAAUGGCUUAACCAAAUGAAAUGUAAACAAAAUGAAUUGCAUGUGAACAAACUACUAUACAUUAUAGCUUGAUCUUUUUUUUUUAAUUUUCAAAAUAUGUAUAUCAGUCCCACCCCCCCCUUUUUUGCACAUCAAAUUACAAUCCACUUAUCAAUCAUAAAUCAAUAAUCCAAUCAUAAUCAAUCAAUAAUAACCCGGGAUAUCAGUUCAUUCAUUUUAGUUUUUAAAACAAAAAAAAAUAUUUGUAUCAGUUUAUUUAAACACAAUUUAAUAAUAUUGCGGUAAUAUAAAAAUGAGAAUUUAGUAGUUGAGAUGAUAGAAAUUGAUUAAGAAAAUGAAUCAACAAGAAACAACUACAAAAAUCAGUAUUGAUAAAGAAUAUAGAAAGUAUGAUUAUUCAAAGAACUUUGACAAGACAUUGACAGAAGAAGAAGAAGAUCCAACGAAUUGUUCGUCAAAGUUACUUGAACAGCAAUCUCAAUUAGAGAGUCGUCUACUCACUCGUGAAGAUCUGAUUAAUUUAGACAAAACUGAACCUCGUUGGAGAUGUAUUCGAAUAGGAUUAUUAAUUGGAUUUGGGAUUAUAUUUUUUGGUCUUUUAGCAGCAUGUAUUAUUUACAUCAUUUUUGGACAAAAAUGCCCAUCUGUGCCCAAAUUACCAUUUUGGAAAUCAACAGUUGGUUACUGGUUAGAUGUGUUUGCAUUUAAAGACUCUUCUGGCGAUUUAGUCGGAGAUCUAAACGGUCUCACAUCUGAAGUAGAUUACAUCAAAACUGUAGUCGGUGCAGGAUAUGUGAUAUUAGGUCCCAUUACUAAAGGAUUUUACACUAAUUCAUACAAUAUACUCGGAUUAGUGGAAGAUUACGAGCAGCUAGAUGAGGCAGUCGGUACAAUGGAUGAUUUUCGUAUUCUUUUAAAACAAUUUCAUAAAAAGGAUAUAAAAGUUAUCUUGACAUUCGAUUUCAAUGCGAUAUCCAUCAGUCAUAAAUGGAUCAUACAGAACAAAGUCAAACUGACGUUGUUUGAUGAUGACUUUAAGAACAAGAAGUCACGAUAUGGAAAUCGAUUGGACGUGAAUAUUAGUCAUCAAAAAUACUAUUCAGUUUUUGAAUAUCCAAGCAUAGAUCUAGAUUUAACUUCUUCCGAAACUCAGAAAGCAAUAUUUGAUGUGACCCACUUUUGGAUGAAAGAAGGAAUAGAUGGAAUUCUCCUAGAUAAUGCUGCAUUUUUUGUUGAAGAAGAAGAAAAAAAAGGAACACAAAGCAACCUCAGUUCAACAUGGUUGGAAAACUGUCCUAAUUCUCAAUUAUAUAGAAAUGGAAGUGUGAAAUUUGUUGAAGGUGUAAGAGAAGAAAUGAACAAGUGGAUUAAGGAAAGUGGAAAAGAAAAAUUAUUGGCUGUGAACUCUGGUGAUACAGGUUGUGGUGUGGGCGAUAAUCCAGAUCCAAUGUUAAUGUUCCGAGAUGUGGCUGAUUUAAUAAUCAGUCGCGAAUUUGUAUGGGGGAGAGGUGAAAAAGAACGUGAAUUAACAUUUAACCAAACAGCUCUACAAAAAUAUCUCACAUAUACAGAUUCCGACAAAGAGAUACUUGGUUUGACCAUUAGCACUGUUCAUAUUCCGCCAUAUGGAGAUACGCUUCAGCUUGCGACAACAUUGUUAUUACCAGGACUACCAGUAAUUUAUUAUGGAACUGAGAUUGAUGUAAACAGAGUCACUUCACAAUAUCUUCCUGUAAGUAUUUAUCCGAAAGGAAAGAGUUAUAAUGAUGAACCAUUUGAUAAAUAUUCGUCUGUGUUAUCUCAUAUGCCAAUGCCAUGGGAUUUUAAUGGGAAGAGGUUUUCGGCGACAAUAAAUGAUUCGAGAUUUCGUGACUAUCUCAAUGAUUAUAAUAACAAAAAAGUUGUUGAAAGUGAACUUGCUGAAGGAAAUGACAAAUCCGUUCUUCGUCUUGUACAAAAAUUAGUAGCUUUACGUCAAAAUCCUAGUAUAAAAUGGGGAACGAUAGAGCAAAUAAAUAUUGACCAAGAAUCUGUAAGUCAUGCUGAAGCAUUUGCACGAAAGGCGAAAGGUUUUCCAACAUUCAUUGUGGUAUUAGUAAAGUAUUUCAAGGAGGAUUAUUUUUUAGAUUUAACUUCUGUUUGUUCAUCAAUUACACCAAGGGUAAUUUAUCCUUCACAUCCACAAUUAUCAGUUGACAAUGCAUUAUCAACUUCAAAAAUAUUCAUCCCCAAACUGAUAUAUUCUAGUUACAUUUUAGUAUUUGAAUGUAAUUAAUCAUAUUUCCAUAUAAUAGAUUUCUCUCACAUCUGAUCUGAACUUAUUGUUUGCACUUUCAUUCAUUUGCUUCAUGUUUGGUUUUCUGCACUUAGCACGUAAACAGAAUUUAUCAGUAUGGGGACUUGUGGAGGUUAUAGUAUUUUCGCUGUUGAAAUCACAAGUCAAUUUAAGUUAAACCACCAUUGAAAACCUGGAAGUACUGGUGUUUAGCUUCAGGAUGUAACUCCUGGUGUUCUAGUGAGGAACUUUGACCAGUGAAAUGGAAUCGGUGUCUAGUGUGACACAAUUAUUCACCUCAGGCAGUGGAUACACAAACGGGGAGACGAACUAGACUAUUCAUCCAUACUUUUUGAAAUCACUAUCGGGUGGUUGGAAAACGUAAAGCGUAAUUUCGCUUCUGUUAAUGUAUUUCUCAAAGCUUUUGCAUACGCUGAAUUACUACUUCACUGGCUACAUCACCUUUAAACUUUAACUUCAGGAAUACAGGCUUUUUCAAUACCGUCGGUGAUUUGACUUCGGGUUUUGUUCCAGGCAUAUGUUUCGUUAGGAACUUUGAUCGUUACCCAUGUUCACAUAUUAAAAUCACGGAUUAAAAAUUAUCUGUUACAUUGUGCUAUAAGAUUUUUGUUUGUGUAGCAGCUUCGGAAAUUCAAGUAGUCAUUUUGCAGUUGCCUGAUCAGGUCAGUUGACUAUAUCGAACAUUGAACAAAGUAGUAUGCAUUCUGUGUAGUACUCAGUAACAAAAGAUUUUACAAGACCGUAUAUAUUGAUUAAUGUUAAUUAUGUACC